AUGGCGCAUCAAACACACGCAUUACCCUGGAACACGCUGGCAUCCCAAGUCAAGCACACGGUAUCCUACCACAGCGAGCCGCAGCGCAAGGAUAUAUUCUCCGUGGGCAAGCCCAACAGCACCAAGGAGGUCGACUAUUUCUGCCGAGCCCUCGCCAAGCGCAUCCGCGAGUUUUCCGAGACGGAAAGGGCCAAGUUCGCCCCUAAGGAGGAGUACCAAAAGCGCGCCAGGGGGUGGAAAUCGGGACCCAACGCCAAAAAGGUUUACCCGGAUAAGCAGGACCUCGACUGCCAGGCGCCAGAGGACGCCGACUUUUGGUUCCAUAAGCGGUUAUGGGGUAACCCUGGCUUGCAGCAAGUAGAAAAGUGGUUGAACCCGCAGUACGGAUCCCGUAUCGCCCAUGCCGACACGCUCAAGCUUAUGAUGAUCGAGGCGGUCGGGAUGAAGCCGGCCUUUUCGUCGAGGAUCGAUGCGGAUGCGGCCGAAAAGAUCCAAAAGGACAUGAUGGAUUCGAUGCUCCUUUUGGCCAACCACCCGGACGCGGACCUACCGUCCCUCGUCAACAUGCACCACGGCCACCAUUUUGGGCUCAGCAGGGUGGCCGAGGAAGGCAUCCGCGGGUACGUUUACUUAAACCUGAUAUUGGCCAUGCAGGAAAACGGAUCCGAUAUUUGCGAUUACGUCGUGGAUGAGAACGGCGUCGAAAACAAAAGUCGGAGGAAAUACAUGGACACCACGAGCUAUAAAAAGAUGCUCGAUUCGGUGGCGGGGAGUUACGACGGCGACGCGCAAAACCUGGUCCACUGGGACUUCUUUUACGAACGGACCGAGGAUGACUGGAACCGCGAUACGUCCAAGGAUGUGCUUGCCGACUUGGAUGCGUUAAAGGAGUACCUGAAGGGCGUGUGGAAGGUGCUGGUCGUCUAUGAUCUUGUUCUUCGGGAAGCGGGCGGCGAUCCGGAUAUUGAGGGCGAGUGCCGAAAAAUGCUCAACUGGAGUUUUCUCCUUUGA